AUGGGCGGCGAUGUCCUUGCCGGCACAGAUUUUGUGGAUGCCCUAAAGGUCUUUGAGCAUGACGACGAUACACAUGGCAUAAUCAUCGUUGGAGAAAUAGGUGGUGCGGCUGAACUGGACGCAGCCGAAUGGAUUAAAGACUAUCAUGCUCGGACCGCAAACCCCAAACCGAUCAUGGCUCUAGUCGGAGGUAUUGAAGCUCCCCAGGGUCGGAUCAUGGGUCAUGCAGGUGCGUGGGCAGCACCGGGAGAGGCAGACGCGCAAACAAAAAUCAAAGCCUUGCAGAAUGCCGGCGCUGUCAUUGUGGACCACCCGGAAAAGUUUGGAGAGGGAAUGAAGAUCCUGUUGAGCAGCACCCUUCACCGGCCAGUGUUUGAAGUAGGUUUCUCAUGCCAACGCGUGUGUUUUGAAGGACAUUUACUUACAAACGGACAGAACGCUGCACCAAAAAUUGCUCAACAACAGCGAGGGUUUCACACCCUCCGGCGGCCUCAAAUCCGGCGCCACACUUAUAACUCCGCCCAACGGAGGAAUCUCUACCUUCAACAAUCCCAUUCAUUUGAACUCCUAAAGGAGCGAAACAUCUCUGUCGGCGAACCAAACGGCGCCGACGCAUUCUUCUUGGGUAUAUCAAUUGACCGGACGGCGCAUUCUGCAAGCGUGAUUGCGUCACCUUCAGCAGAGCCAACACAACAUUUGAGCAGUACGAAAAAGUUUCCAUUUGGCUACGGCAAGAAGAAGUUUCCUGCCAAUAGCCCUGAGAUUCAGGCGAUAGCUGCACAUGUUGGGCUUGCAGGAUCUGCGCAAAAAUCGUUGGCGGGACUCACAGAGGCGUUGGUGGAUAUUUUCAUGACCAAAGAAGCAUUCUCGCUUGAGGCUAAGGUGGCGAUUACCGGUGCUGGCACCCUCGAGGUGCAGGGGGCGCGAUUUGGAUUCGAUGACGCGGCGUAUCGAAGUGCACGGAGGCAAGAGGACAUCCACAAGCUGAGGAACAAGCAAUUGGAAGUGCCGGAAGAAGUCGAGGCUGAGAAAGACGGCAUUGUUUAUGUGAAGCUCGAGGGUGAAGGAAGCAUUGGCACGCUCGUCAACGGGGCCGGUCUCGCAAUGAACACCGUCGAUGCCCUCACUAUCCGCGGUGGCCACUGCGCGAACUUCCUUGAUACCGGCGGCAAAGCCACCUCUGAAACGGUCAAGUCCGCGUUCCGGAUCUUGCUUUCGGACCCGCGCGUUAAAGCUAUUUUUGUCAAUAUCUUUGGCGGCCUGACAAGAUCUGAAAUGAUUGCCGAAGGGAUCAUCAUGGCAUUCCGGGACCUGGGGAUGAAAGUGCCCGUGGUUGUGCGGCUACGCGGGACGAACGAAGAGCUUGGCCAGAAAAUGAUCGCCGAAAGCAAGCUCCCGUUGCAUGCUUUUGACUCCUUUGAAGAAGCGUCGGCGAAGAUCAUCAGUCUCUCGCGCAUGUAG